AUGGCCUCCAACCCGUUCUCCCGAGCUUUUCCCCCAGCGCAGGGCCGGUCGUUCUUCGGUGAGAGCUCUCGUCGAGACGAUGACGUUGAGUCCCGCGCUGCGCUCCUUGACGAAGAGAACCUUCGACAUCAGUUCAACGAUUACGACCUUGAACACGCAGAAGGCUUGGAAGUUGAUGACAGCCGUCCAAGCUUAGGAGGGGCAGCUAGUCCGCCGCCUUCACGGCCCCGCCGCGGACCUACUCACCGUCCGACUCGGGCCAGCACCAGCAAGUCCACAUGGGCUCCGCACGACGACGAUGGCGAUAACGAUGUUCCUCCGUCGCUGCUGGUCGAAGCCCACGAUGGGUCUUCUGGGCGCGGACCUGGCCAGCCGAGGAAGGUCAGCCGUGGUCAUCAGGGAACAGCCAUCCCUGGACCGUCCACCCCGCGCGCGCAUUGGGAUGCAGCCCACACUCCGCCAAGGCAACGCGCCAAUAACCCACCCGCUUCGCAUCAUCAUGGCGUCAGCCUACCGACUUCUCUGUUCUCCGGGUCUAUAUCUGGCAGUGCAAAGAAGAGGGCAGAAUGGCGAUGGGCUAAUGUGACAAAUCUCGACCUCUUCAUCAAAGAUGUUUAUGAUUACUACCUUGGGCACGGCAUCUGGUGCAUUCUAACCGACAGGUUCCUACACCUAGUGAACGUUGCCUUUGUGGCCGUUCUGUUGACUUUUCUUACUCAAUGCGUAGACUACAGCAAAGUCCGCGGAAGCCAAAAGCUAUCCCAAAUCCUCGUACCUCAGUGUACCCGCAACAUGUCGGGUCUCUGGAAUACGGGGUUGUUCAUGUUUGCGUUUUACUUUAUUUGGAAGCUGAUUCAAUAUCUGUUGGAUAUGCGGCGGUUGUUGCAUGUCCGCGACUUUUACAUCUAUCUCCUCAACAUUCCGGAUGACGAUAUGCAAACCAUUACCUGGCAGGAGGUUGUUGCGCGCAUCAUGGCUCUUAGGGAUCAGAAUCCUAAGACGGCCACGAAUUUGACUCCGGAGCAGCGGCAGUGGUUAGGAAGCCAGUCGAAGGAACGACUUGAUGCUUCCGAUAUUGCCAAUCGGUUGAUGCGGCCGCCAACUCCUUUCAAGAACGCUAGAAUGGAUGAUAACUUCGCCAUCCUUGACUUUGUCUUCGAUGAGAGGGGACAAGUGAAUCCGGUAUUCCUGAGAUCUGAACGCCGACACGAGCUCAGCAUGAAGCUUCGCCGGCGCUUUGCCUUCUCGGGAAUCUUGAUCCUUGUGUUGUCUCCUUUCAUCGCGGGCUACCUCGUCGUGGUGUACUUCUUGAUGUAUUAUCAUGAGGUUCAAAAAAACCCUUCCGUUCUAUCGUCGCGGACAUAUACGCCACUAGCGGAAUGGAAAUUCCGAGAGUUCAAUGAGCUGCCACACCUCUUCCGUGAGCGACUCAACAUGUCGCAUCCGUACGCCAUUCACUACAUCGACCAGUUUCCCAAGGCAAAGACCGAAAUGGUUGCACGAACGGUGGCUUUCGUCUCCGGUGCCCUUGCCACGGUGCUGGCCAUUUGUUCAGUCAUCGACCCUGAUCUCUUCCUUGGUUUCGAAAUCACCCACGACCGCACCGUGCUCUUCUACACAGCUGUCUUUGGCAGUGUUUGGGCCUUUGCGAGGGGUAUGAUCUCGGAGGACCACUUGGUGUUCAACCCCGAAUUGGCCAUGCGGAAUGUGAUUCAAUACACUCAUUAUAAUCCGGACCACUGGGAGGGCAGGCUCCACAGCGCCGAUAUCAAGGCCGAGUUCUCAGAGUUGUACAAGAUGAAGGUCAUCAUCUUCAUCGAGGAGAUUCUAAGCAUCCUCACGACACCUUUCGUGCUAUUGUCGAGUCUCCCCAAGUGCAGCGACCAGAUCAUCGACUUCUUCCGCGAGUUCACCAUUCACGUUGACGGGCUUGGCUAUGUUUGUUCGUUCGCCGAGUUUGACUUCAAGAACGGUUUCGGCAAAAAGAAGGCCAAGGAGGGCACAGGGGACGUUCGGGAUGACUACUACUCGACCAAGCACGGGAAGAUGGAAGCCUCGUACUACGGAUUUCUGGGCAAUUACGGAAAUUUUGUCUUGGACCCUAAGAAGGGUACAGGUUCACACUUCCCACAUGGCUCGAGGUUCUUCCAUCCUCCGCCUGUCUGGCCGGGCAUUAACGAGCCAGAUCUUCAGACUUCUCGGAUGGGCCGUAGUAGGAUGCUGCCUCGCACGGGAACCGGGUUGCAUCAACCCUCGCCAAUGGCAUCCAUCCUGCUUGAUCCACAUCACCAGCCCCCAGCAGGCACGAAUUUUGGCGCGCGCGCUCGUUCCCAGCAACCGCAACAGCAGCGUGGCGCCGGGCAUCAGAGGGAGAGCAACAUUAUGGAGGAGCCCGAUGAAGAGGACAACGACGAGGACAAGCGGCAGGACGACGAGGAAGCGUUUGAGGGCGGCGUCGCGCUGGACGAGUCGGCGUGGCAGACGUCGCCGGCGCGGACGCUCAACCGGGAGGAUACGGCGAUGUCAGCGCCGCAUGCAGGCGUCGUGCAUAUGAUAUACCAGUUCAACCAGGCGCAGCUUAAUCGUAGGCCGGGCGGAGUUCGAAUCUUCGAUCAACACCAACUCGAGGUCGUCGUCCACUGCCCCCUCCAUUUUCCCAAUUGCGAGCGAAGGCAGAGUGACGCAGUCCUCGUGACCAACUCGACCGAGGCUCGAUCCAGCGUCGACUCAUCAGCCCGGGCACCCGUUGCUCCCGGUUUGCGGUUUUGCGGUACAGCGAACCAGAAAAAUCCGGAAGCAAGCUUCGCUUCUCGGUGCGUGCACGUAUUGCGUCACCUGGUUGCUUCUGCAGUCGCCGCCGCCGCGCAGGAGCUCCCACCAGGGCCGACCACCCGCACGACCGCCGCCGCCGCCGCCUUCACGGCCCUGCCCUUACCUCGUCGUCGAGUGUCCGACGCUUUAACCUUCAACCUGGCUCUCAACGUCGGCGCCACGGGAGCCGUGGCUUCCACAAUGGCUCAGCCUAAUGCCGAGCCCGUGGAGGAAUACGAUUAUGAGUCGCUCCCGCCUAACUUCUCUCUGGUGCAAAACAUGGCUGCCGGCGCCUUCGCCGGCAUUGCCGAGCACUGCGCAAUGUAUCCUGUCGAUGCAAUCAAGACCCGCAUGCAGGUAGCUACUGCUGUCUCCGCUCCCCGCGGCGUAAUCCAGGCGACCUACCGGAUGGCCACCACCGAGGGUAUCCUCAGCUUAUGGCGCGGCAUGUCUAGUGUUAUAGUCGGGGCUGGCCCUGCGCAUGCUGUCUAUUUCGCUACCUAUGAGGCUGUCAAGCACCUCAUGGGUGGUAACCAGGCUGGCGUUCACCACCCUCUGGCUGCUGCGACCAGUGGUGCUUGCGCCACAAUCGCCAGCGACGCCCUGAUGAACCCCUUCGAUGUCAUCAAGCAGAGAAUGCAGAUCGCCAACUCCUCCAAGAUGUACCGCUCCAUGCUCGACUGCGCCCGUUAUGUAUACAGAAAAGAGGGUCUGGCGGCCUUCUACGUAUCCUACCCCACGACCCUGUCAAUGACGGUCCCUUUCACUGCCCUCCAGUUCCUUGCCUACGAGUCCAUCUCGACGCACCUGAACCCGACCAAGAAAUAUGACCCCCUCACCCACUGCCUGGCCGGCGCCGUAGCGGGUGGUUUCGCCGCCGCAUUGACCACACCGAUGGACGUGAUCAAGACGAUGCUCCAGACUCGCGGUACCGCCACCGACGCCGAGCUCCGGACCGUCAGCGGCUUCACGGCUGGCUGCCGGUUAUUGUACAAGCGCGAGGGCUUCCGCGGCUUUUUUAAGGGUGUCAAGCCUCGCGUGCUGACUACCAUGCCGAGCACGGCCAUCUGCUGGUCGGCCUACGAGGCGUCAAAGGCCUACUUUAUUCAUCAGAACUCCACAUGA